GCUGAUCUCAGUCAAACAUCCGUCUCAGGACUCCACCGGCUCCUUCAUGGUCCUCCUGGCUCGUUUCAUAACAUCACAGUGCGUUAAACUGAACGUUGUUGUGUAAUUGUCUGUCCUUCAGCUGUUGUGCUGAUCAGAGCAAUGACCUGCAUGAAGAGAAUAUCGUUUAAGAGGCGGCUGGUCGCUGCAGCUCUCAGCUCCUGCAGGCGUUUCCACGCUGAACUAGUGAGACAUGAGUCCAGUGGACUUCCCAUAAUCCAUCACAGCAGGUAUGUAUGUGAGCUGCCAGCCAACCACAGGUUUCCGAUGAGCAAGUUCCCCAGAGUUUUACACUUUCUGCUCAAGGACCAGGUGGUUACAGACAAACAGGUGUGGGUCCCAGAAAUUGCCUCUAAAGAUUUACUGAGCAGUGUGCACACUGAGGAUUACCUGAACAACUUCAUAAACGGAAAAAUAGAUGAGCGGGAACAGAGGAGGACGGGGUUUCCCUGGAGCGAAGGCAUCGUGAGACGCUGUCGAUAUGAAACAGGUGGGACUGUUCUGGCUGCUGAGGUGGCUCUGCAGAGAGGUCUGGCCUGCAGCACAGCAGGAGGAACCCAUCACGCUUUCCCCAGCUACGGUUCAGGGUUCUGUCUCCUCAAUGACUUAGCAGUUGCAGCCAAAUAUGUGUUGAACACCUCUUCGACCAAGAGAAAGAUUCUGAUUGUGGAUCUAGAUGUGCAUCAGGGCGACGGUACAGCUUUCAUUUUUAAAGAGGAGCCAUCUGUGUUUACAUUCUCGGUGCAUUGUGGGAAAAACUUCCCCCUCCGUAAACAACAGAGUGAUCUAGAUAUCAGUGUGGAGGAUGGGCUGGAAGACCAGGAGUACCUCUCCACAGUAAAGGAACAUCUUCCCUGGCUGCUGGAGACUUUUCGCCCAGAUCUGGUCCUGUAUGACGCUGGUGUUGAUCCUCAUUGGGACGAUGAACUUGGGAGGCUUCGUCUGACAGACCAAGGGCUCUAUCAGAGAGAUCUAUACGUGAUGAAGACGGUGGUGAGUAAAGGGGUUCCUAUAGCUACUGUUAUAGGUGGAGGAUACUCAAGAGACAUUGAUAAACUGGCCCUCAGACACUCUAUCGUCCACAGAGCCGCAAGUCAGGUUUGGAGGGAGUGUGGGAUGUAAAACCUUCAUCUUCUGGAAUGUUUUUAUAUCUUAAACAAGCAACAAACAUGUUAUAUAUUUUUUUAAAAAUGUAUAUAAUCCGAUAUGAACUCAGGAAAGCUGGUGCAUCGAACUUCGUUGUACCAUAUAUGGUACUGCCUGUUGGCUGAAGAGGGAUUUCAGAAGACGUUCAACUUGCUGUUUACCUCAUCGAGAUACGUUUAUUUGUAUUAACUGUACAACUAAUAAAUACUCCCUGUUAGUUACCUUUUA